AUGGCCGACGACGAUGAGACGGUCACCGAGACGUACAAUCGUUGGCGUGCGGUGCGUCAGAGCAUUCACGAGAUGUCGACGAAUCUCGACCACAUGGACCGAAUCCGAUUGCUGAUCAUCAUCGAGAUCAUGUAUCUCGCCGUCGACAUCGCCUACACGCCGGCGAUGUUCGGCGAGAUGAGCUAUCGGUGCAUUGUGCGCAGUCGAAUGCGGCAGGCGAGUCCGAAGAUCCCGCUGCCGGCCGGCCGCGACUACAACGUGCGCUAUCUUCAGCGACGCGUGCUCCGCCACUUCAUGGACCUCGAGGAGCGCCAACGACACAAGUCCGAUCUUCAGAAGGAGGUGGCGCGGCAGGCGGCCGUCUAUGAAGUGUUCAGUCGCGAGCGCGGCAAACCGUUGACGGUUCGAGCGUAUCCGCUUCCGCCGCUCGUCGUCAUCCACGAGCCGCACUUCCGAUUCGGUCAGGAGCACGAGGAGAUCCACAUUGUGCCGCAACAACUCGAAAUCGAAUAA